UUUCCGUGUGCGACACAAUAGGCAAUACACAGUGCGACUAUGGAUUAAUUAAAACACCGGGACAUCGCUUUUUAACACAGUUGAGAUCCAUUCGGCUGCACUUGCGGAUUCGUGGAGAUAAUGACACCGUUUACUUUAAAACUGAGUUGUUUUCUUUAACAGAAUCGCCGCUUUGCUAGCUUGAACCCCUGACAGCCGGCUAGCGUUAGCAGGUACACUAGGACAAAUUAGCAUUAUCUCCUCUCCAUUGUUGACUUGUUGCCAAUGACAUUAUUCUCACUGGGAGAGAACCAUUUAUGUGUUUUAUUUUUCCCCUAACUGGAGGAGGUGCGCCGUUCACACGGCAACUUUAACACACCUCCUUGAGUUUAUAUUAUUUUGAACUUCCCCUUUUCGGAUUAUCGAUAAAAUGGACAAAAUGGGUGAGAGCUGGAUUUAAAUUACAUUAUGCUGUAAAUAACUUUUACACGUCAGCUGGUCAGAACCACGGUUUCUUCCGCUUGCUGAUCGAGUAGUUGGCCGUGAAUAACCGUUUGGCUUGAAUUUGGCAAGAAUACGUUUGAAAUUUUUGUUACAGUAAUUCUUGAAUUUGGAGACUCUGCAUAAGAGUGAAGGAUGAAUGGCCUCUCUAUAAGUGAGCUAUGUGGCCUGUUCUGCUGCCCGCCUUGUCCCAGCCGUAUCGCAGCCAAGCUUGCCUUCCUGCCACCGGAGCCCACAUAUGCCUUCAUGCCAGACCCAGACCCGGGGUCCAAUGUGCCAGGGGCAACUAGGUCAUUGAGCCUGCGGACGAGGAGUGGCGUGGCCGUCACUGGUACCGCAGUGCCAGAGGGAAGAUGGAAACUUCAUCUGACGGAGCGCGCUGAGUUUCAGUACUCUCAGAGGGAGAUGGACACCAUUGAGGUGGUGCUUGCUCAAUCCAGCAGAGGAAACAAAGUCGGCUGCAUGUACAUCCGCUGUGCUCCUAACGCCAGAUUCACAGUGCUGUUUUCCCACGGUAAUGCCGUGGACCUUGGCCAGAUGAGCAGCUUCUACAUUGGCCUCGGCACACGCAUCAACUGCAACAUCUUCUCCUACGACUACUCUGGCUACGGUGUCAGUAGCGGGAAGCCGUCUGAGAAAGACCUCUAUGCGGACAUCGAUGCUGCAUGGCACACCCUACGCACGCGGUAUGGUGUCAGUCCAGAGAGCAUCAUCCUGUACGGACAGAGCAUUGGUACAGUUCCCACUGUGGACUUGGCUUCCCGGUAUGAGUGUGCCGCCGUUGUCCUUCAUUCACCAUUGACAUCUGGCAUGAGGGUGGCUUUUCCCGACACAAAGAAGACCUACUGUUUUGACGCUUUCCCCAACAUCGAGAAAGUGUCCAAAAUCACAACCCCGGUGCUCAUCAUCCACGGGACGGAGGACGAAGUGAUCGACUUCUCCCACGGCCUGGCUCUGUUCGAGCGCUGCCCCAAGGCUGUGGAGCCCCUCUGGGUGGAGGGGGCCGGACACAACGACAUUGAACUGUACAGUCAGUACCUGGAGCGCCUACGGCGUUUUAUAGGACAGGAACUCACCUUACCACACGCCUGACAGCUUGAUUUUUGUUUUGUCAUGGCUCUAAGAACUCUACCAGCUGCUGGAUUCUCUUUUUCCAAAGGUGUUAGGGAUUUUCAUAUUAAUACAUUGUAUGAAUAACAUCACAACAACUUUAUUUUAUGAAGGCUUUGCUUUGCUUGAAAAAAGAAAUUCCAAAAUACGGUGGUAUGACAAAGUUUGGGCACCCCUGAUCAUUUUCAAGCUUUUCCUUUUUAUAAUUCACAAGUUCUUGGGCAAUUUCAAUUAAAUAUGUCAUCAGCAGACAAACACAGUGAUAGAUAAGAGGUGAAAUGAAGUUUUAUCGGCUUUACAGAAAGUGUGCAAUAAUUAUUUAAACAAAAGUAGGUAAGUGCAUAAAUUUGGGCACCCCAACAAAAAAAUUACAUCUAAAUUUAGUAGAUCCUCCCUUUGCAAAAACAAAUGCUUCCGAUGGCUUCUAAUGACGUUCUGGAUUCUGGUUGAAGGUGUUUUUGACCAUUCCUCUUUCCAAAACAUCUCCAGUUGAGUCAGGUUUGAUGGUUUCCAAGCAUGGACAGCCCACUUUAAAUCACACCACAGAUUUUCAAUAAUAUUUAGGUGUGAGGACUAAGAUUGCCCUUCCAGAACGUUGUACUUGUUCCUCUGCAUGAAUGCCGUAGUAGAAUUUGGUCAGUGUUUAGGCUCAGCCCUGGCGCAACUUCAACUUUGUUACUGAUUUUUGAGCAUUGUUGGCAAGAAUCUGCUGAUACUGACCAUGUGACCUUCAACUUGAACAAGAUUUCCAGUACCUGCACUGGCCAUACAGCAGUUGACAGUCUCUGAGCUAGCUUUUUGUAUCCUUCCCCCAGACCAUGAUGUUGAACAAUCACUGCUUUCCUGUCAUUUGACAGUUGUUUUGAGGCUAUGCAUGUUGCUACACUUCAGAGAAGAUGCAACUCGCAAUUGGCCACCUUAUAAAUGCCCUUUCUCUUUCUCAUGAUUGGCUUCACUUGUGUAUGCAGGCCGAGAGUCACUGAGCUUACCAAACAAAUUUUGGGUUCCAAUAAUUAGUGCUAAAGGUAUUAAAAUCAAUAAAAAAUCAAAUUGAUGCACCUGCCUGCUUUUGUUAAAAUUAUUGCACACUUUCUAUAAAAACUUAAUUUCACUCCUUAUACAUCAGUGUGUUUGUCUGCUAUAUGAUAUACGUAACUGAAAUUGCUGAUCCCAACAACCAGUGAUUUUAUAAAGGAAAUCUUAAAUUAUCAAAGGGCCCCAAUUUUUUCAUAUCACAGGAUGACUUCCUUCACAAAUAAUGACUUUUUCAUUAAAGCGUUAAAUUUUAAUGUAAAAUUGAUAUAAAAUUAAUACUUUUAAGACAAAAUACUUUUCUCCCCAAUAUUUCUUCAAAAACAUUAUUACUUAUAUUUAACAUAUUUUAUUUAUAUUUGUCCUAGAGAAAAAUAUGUUUUACAGGUUUUUCUUUAAAAAAAUCACAAUAUCAUAAGAUUGGGAUUUGUUCUAGAUUUUUUUUUUUAAAUAUUAUCUUCUAAUAUGAACUUCAUAUUAUUUUUAUUCUUACAAGAUUUCAUUGUUGUAAGAUUUUCAGAAGUCACAUUUUUGUGCGAGAAUACAUGACAUGGAAGGUUUAAUUUUAAUUAAUUAAAAAAAGACUUUUUCUCAUAGUAGAAUACAGCAGUAUAAGAUAUACACAUUUUUGUCUUGGGGGGGUGGCAUCAGACUGAAGUCUAUUCUGGCCACAUACUUUACCAGUGAGAAGUUGGGAGCGGUACUGUAUAUGUAAACGUUUAAUAAUUGCUCUAUUCAUGUUUCUCAGGUUAUUAUGUAUCAAUAUGGUUUAGCACCACCGCUGUCAGGGAAUAUUGGCGCCCUCGAGUGUCCACAACAUCAACUGCAGUUAUGGAAAGGACUUGUAUUCUACCUCAAAACUGUCGUUUUUUAAAGUCGAGGGACUGCUGGGUUAUGUUAUGAAUGUGAAUUAAAUACACAAUUGAAGUUAUUGUUUUAUUCAGAGGUAUACAGUUAUUCUUUUUAACACUCCACAUUGUUGUGCACAUGAUGAAUGCUGCAAUACUUUUUAAAGCUGCUUUUUGGUGCAGGGAGCUUGUAAAGCCUUUAAAGCCCUCCACUAAAACCUUUGAAUAGUGUGGUUUAUUUUCUAGUGUGUGCUGAUUGUCGUCUACAUUUUGACAUUUAUGUUACUGCAUUUGCGUACAAGGUAAUAAAGGAUCAUGUUGGCUGUUUUCACAUGUCCCCUUAUUUGGUUACCUCUCAAAAAAGGUUAGCCAACAUGGAACGCCCAUAUAAGGAAGUCCGGCUCACUGCGACGUCAGAGUGAGUCAGCUUUAGAAAGACCUCUCUGAAACCUAGCGUUCAGAACCAUCCCAAACGUCCUUCAGGGCUCACUUCCAAAUGUGCAAACCUCAUUAUCUGCAACUUUGUCAUUGUUUAACACGAGAAAACGACAUUUAUAAGUCAGAACAGAGGAAAAAGCAUAUGAGGUCACCUUUAAAGAUAUAGUUACAGCGACUCACCCUCAUUUGGUCUUCAAAGUCCAGUUCUUGUUGGAGAACUAAUUUGGCUUCUCAAAACAAUAUGCGUUCAAAAGAGUAAUACAUUUGUAUCACAGAAAUGCCUACUUCUGACCUUACAAUUCUUGUUAUAUUUUGUAUCCUGCCAUAUCCCUGUACACGGUUGCCUCUCCAUUUUUGUGUAUGUGAUGAAGACUUA